AUGACUUCGAAACACGACGCCUUCGACACCAAGGUUCGGCUUCGACGCUACGACCGCAGAAUAUCUCGCGCAAAAGCACACGCUCGAGAAGAACUCGACUCCUUUGGCUGGUCCAAGCACAAAUAUUACAAACUUGACCUGUGGCCACGAGCACCCUAUCGCACGGCUCCUAGGAUAGACUACGAUACUGUCGACGAGGAUGACUUCAUUCGCCACUUUGAAGAGCCAGGGGUCCCUGUUGUCAUUAUGGGCGCUACAAAAAGCUGGGAUGCUGCAAAGAACUGGACUCCGGAGGGACUGCUGAGGGAUUUUAGGAACGAAAAAUACAAAGUGGGAGAAACAAACAAAGGCACAACCGUAAAAAUCUCCAUGAAGUACUUCCUCCACUACGCCCUCACCUCUAAAGAAUCCCAGAAGGACGACUCCCCGCUCUACAUCUUCGACAGCAGAUUCGCUGACAAAACUCCCACCUCUUCAUCAUCAUCCUCACAUUCCCGGAAGAAGCGGAAACGGUCCCGGUCAACCUCAUCUCACCGGCCCCGCAAUCUGCGGGAUGAUUAUGAGAUUCCGAAAUAUUUCAGGGAUGAUCUGUUUGCUUUGACGGGGGAGAAGAGGAGGCCGCCGUACCGGUGGAUUGUGAUUGGACCUGCGCGGAGUGGGACGGGGAUUCAUCUGGACCCGCUAGGAACCUCAGCAUGGAACGCCGUCCUAACCGGGCACAAGCGCUGGGUCCUCUUCCCUCCCACCACACCCCCACAUCUCAUCGAACCGCGAAAUUUACCCGACCACGAAGCUUCGUCGUGGUUCGCCCAUGUCUUGCCGACCAUGUAUGUGGUCGAUGGAGAAGGGAGGACGCUGGGAGAGAGGUUGGGGAUGAUUGAGAUUGUGCAGGGGCCUGGGGAGACGGUCUUCGUGCCGGGGGGUUGGUGGCAUGUUGUUAUCAAUCUGGACUACACAACAGCAAUCACCCAAAACUUCCUCUCCUUCACCAACCUCGACUCCGUCUGGCUGCGCACACGGGACUCGCGCCCGAAACUCGCGCGGCGACUCUUGCAGCGGAUCGAGGAGCUCGCCACUCCACUAUCGAGAUCCACAAAACCGAAGAAGAGGGGGAAGGAAGGGGAGGAGUUGCAUGCCGAGUUUUAUGCACGGUGCAGGGAUAAGAUCCGGGCGUUGCGGAUGGUGCCGAGGGUUCCGCCUUCCUCUUCAUCCUCGUCGUCCUCUUCGUCUUCAUCGUCUUCAUCGGGUUCAGAUGAGAGCAGUGGUAGCGAAUAGCGAUUACGCUAUGCUAGAUAAUCUAUUCUUAUCAAACAGGCAGAGCCCGAUAGCGGUAUGAGGGAAGAGAGAGUGGGGGUUACUAAGCCCUCGGGAUGCAGGCGCGGGGAUGAGGUAUCGGUAGCAGAAGACGAUAUAGCAAACGAGAGAAGUACUUCUAUCGUAAGGGAGGAGGGGUAAAAAGACCAAAAGUAAAACGCGACCGAAAGAAAUAACAAAAAACUAAAAGGCAAGCUAACUGUACAAGA